GAGGAUUCUGGGAAGGGGCCUAUCGCUCCCCACCCAGCAGAUCCCAAGUGAAGGAUCCCCCUUCCCCCGGGCUGCUUCUGGGAGAGCCCCCAGGUGCCUGAGUUCCCUGAGGGGGCUGGGUACCCAUGUGCCUGAGAUCUGCAAGUGCUGACCCCCGCGCACACACGCAGGAGGAGAGCAGGGCCCGUGGGGCGCGCACGGGCCGGCAGCCAUGCCCUCCGGCGCCCGGGCCGGCAGCCUCAAGGACCCCGAAGUGGCCGAGCUCUUCUUCAAGGACGACCCCGAGAAGCUCUUUGUCGACCUGCGUGAGAUCGGCCAUGGCAGCUUCGGCGCUGUAUACUUCGCCCGUGACAUGCGGAGCAAUGAGGUGGUGGCCAUCAAGAAGAUGUCAUACAGCGGAAAGCAGUCCAACGAGAAGUGGCAGGACAUCAUCAAGGAGGUGAAGUUCCUGCAGAAGCUGCGGCACCCUAACACCAUCGAGUACAAGGGCUGCUACCUGCGUGAGCACACGGCCUGGCUGGUGAUGGAGUACUGCCUGGGCUCAGCCUCUGACCUGCUAGAGGUGCACAAGAAGCCACUGCAGGAGGUGGAGAUUGCAGCCAUCACGCAUGGGGCCCUGCAGGGCCUGGCCUACCUGCACACCCACAACAUGAUCCACAGGGACGUGAAGGCUGGAAACAUCCUGUUGACAGAACCGGGGCAGGUGAAGCUUGGGGAUUUCGGCUCUGCCUCCAUCGUGGCUCCUGCCAAUUCCUUCGUGGGCACCCCUUACUGGAUGGCACCUGAGGUGAUCUUAGCUAUGGAUGAGGGGCAGUAUGACGGCAAGGUGGACGUCUGGUCCCUAGGCAUCACCUGCAUCGAGCUGGCGGAGAGGAAGCCGCCGCUGUUCAACAUGUAUGGCAUGAGUGCCUUAUACCGCCACCCAGAGCCUCUCCAAAGUGGGGGCUGGUCGGAGUACUUCCGCAACUUUGUGGACUCGUGCCUGCAGAAGAUCCCGCAGGACCGGCCGGCCUCUGAUGUGCUGCUCAAGCACCGGUUUCUGCUGCGUGAACGGCCACCCACGGUAGUGCUGGAGCUGAUCCAGCGCACCAAGGAUGCAGUGCGGGAGCUGGACAAUCUGCAAUACCGCAAAAUGAAGAAGAUCCUCUUCCAGGAGGCACCCAACGGCCCUGGCCCUGACGGCCCUGAUGAUGAUGAGGAGGCAGAGACAAUGGUGCAACGUGGUGGCACGGUGAGCAGCGUGGGCAGCAGCCACUCGGUGCCCAGCAUGUCCAUCAGCGCCAGCAGCCAGAGCAGCAGUGUCAACAGCCUGGCCGAUGAGGCCUCUGACCCCGAGGGGCCUAGCCCCGACCCCGAUGAGGACGAUGGCCCUGGCCUGGCCCUGCUUCAGGAGGGCGAGCACACUGUGGCUUCCAACAGCUCUGUCAUCCACCGCCUCCCGGGCCACGAUAGCCUGUAUGAUGACCCAUACCAGCCUGAGAUGGAGGCCCAGAGUUCAUCAGCCGCCCGGCGCCGCGCCUACUGCCGCAACCGCGACCACUUUGCUACCAUCCGUACUGCCUCGCUGGUGACGCGGCAGAUGCAGGAGCACGCACAGGACUCGGCACUGCGGGAGCAGCUGAGUGGCUACAAGCGCAUGCGGCGGCAGCACCAGAAGCAGCUGGCGGCGCUGGAGAAUCGCCUGCGUGCGGAGCGCGAUGAGCACCAGCUGCGCCUGGAGCGGGAGCUCGAGGCACAGCGCGGGGCCUGCGUUGCCGAGGCCGACAAGCUGGCCCGCAAGCACCAGGCCAUCUGUGAGAAAGAGAUCAAGGCAGCACUGGCAGAGGAGAAGAAGUUCCAGCAGCACAUCCUGGCGCAGCAGAAGAAGGAGCUGGGAGGCCUCCUUGAGGCCCAGAAACGACACUACAAGCUGCGAAAGGAGCAGCUCAAGGAGGAGCUGCAGGAGAACCAGAGCACACCCAAGCGGGAGAAGCAGGAGUGGCUGCUGCGCCAGAAGGAGGCGCUGCAGCAGCGUCAGGCUGAGGAGGAAGCGGGGCUGCUGCGGCGCCAGCGCCAACAUUUUGAGCUCCAGUGUCGCCAGUACAAGCGCCGCCUGCUCCUGGCUCGCCAUGGCCUCGACCAGGACCUGCUGCGCGAGGAGCUGAACAAGAAGCAGACGCAGAAGGACCUGGAGUGUGCUAUGCUGCUGCGGCAGCACGAGUCGUCUCAGGAGCUGGAGCUGCGGCAGCUGCACACGGUGCAGCGCACACGUACAGAGCUGACGCGCCUGCAGCACCAGACGGAGCUGUCCAACCAGCUGGAGUACAACAAGCGGCGCGAGCAGGAGCUGCGCCAGAAGCACGCCGCUGAGGUCCGCCAGCAGCCCAAGAGCCUCAAAGCCAAGGAGCUGCAGAUCAAGAAGCAGUUCCAGGACACGUGCAAGAUCCAGACGCGGCAGUACAAGGCCCUGCGCGCCCACCUGCUGGACGGCACUGCCAAGGCUGAGCACAAGGCCCUGCUCAAGCGCCUCAAGGAUGAGCAGACCCGCAAGCUGGCCGCGCUGGCUGAGCAGUACGACCACAGCAUCAGCGAGAUGCUGUCCACGCAGGCCCUGCGCUUGGACGAGUCGCAGGAGGCGGAGCAGCAGGGGCUGCGGCGGCAGCUGCAGCAGGAGCUGGAGCUCCUCACUGCCUACCAGAGCAAGAUCAAGAUGCACACGGAGGCGCAGCACGAGCGCGAGCGCCGCGACCUGGAGCAGCGCCUCUCCCUGCGCCGUGCCCUGCUUGAGCAGCGGAUUGAGGAGGAGAUGGCAGGCCUGCAGGCAGAGCGGUCGGAGCGCAUCCGGGCGCUGCUGGAGCGGCAGGCACGGGAGAUCGAGGCUUUCGACGGCGAGAGCAUGCGACUGGGCUUUGCCUGCAUGGCGCUGGGGCCCCCCCUGCCGGGCCCCCCUGGUGCCCCGCGGGGCUCCGCCCCCCGCAACAGCCCCCAGCCCCUGCGCCGCACAGCCUCUGGCGGCUCCCCUGGCGACCCCGGGCUCAGCCGCUCUGCCAGUCUCUCCUCCCACAUCCUCAAUGGCGCCCACUACUACUCCUGAGCCCCCCCAGACACCUGGGUCCCCAGUGCUUGGGGCUUGAAUGUGCGCAUGUGGGUGCGUGCGUGCGUGUGUGUGUGUGUGUGCGUGCGUGCACGCAGCCCGGAUGCCUGGGUUCCCUGCCCCCCCACCGUAGGGGUCCCCGGGCACCGGGCUCCUCCCAGCACUGGAAGCUGGGGUGGGGGGAGGUGUACGCGCAUGCUUGUGUGUGUGCGCACGUGAGAGAGAGAGACACCUGGGUCCCUGCCCCCACCCCAUUGCUGUCCCUGACCUGCCCCCCAGCCCAGCAGGGCCUGGACCCCCCGGCAUGAGCAAACCCCUGGGUUUGGGACUGGGGUGGGGCAGGGCAGCCGGGUGCUGUACAUAGCUUUUUCCCCUGAAUUGGGGCCUGUCUGCCACAGGGCAGGGCAUGGUGCGGCGCUGGGCCCCCAGGUGUGCACGGCCUGGGGCGGCGGCGCUGGUGCUCCCCAGGCUCCUCCCCGCUGCUCCUGGCGCCUCCCGGCUGCGGCGCUCGUUCUCGUCCCUUGGACCUGUCCUCACGGCUGGGCCCGGCCGCGCUGCAGGCUGCCCUGCCCAUGCUGCCCUGUUGCUUGCUCGCUUGGCUCCUGCUGCUUCACUUUCUUCCCUCCAUUUUGUCCCCUUACUGCGAAGCGCCCCGGCCCCCCCUGCCCCAGCCCCUGUACAUAGUCACACGUGUAUUUCUAGCCCGUUGCGGCCGCCCCCGGGCGUUGUUGUGAUUAUUCUGACUGCCCAGUAAAUUAUUGCCCCCCCCAAGCCCCUCUGCGUUGCCCCCGGACCAGGCGGCAGCACCUCCCCCUCUCUGACUGGUGCCAUGGCGACCCAUGUACAGCCCCCAUGGCCGUGUGUCCACAUCCUGGGCCCGCGUGACUCAAUAAAGUGGAGGAGACAGUG